UUCGCCGCUGGCACUGCAAAAGUGGAGCGCAUCACAUGGAAUGCAGCAUCGUCCGCCGACUGCACAAACCACAGCAGCAAGCUUCCUGAGACCAAAGUCGAUGGUGUGUACCUGACACGCACAGAGGGUGAGAAGGACUGGGCCGCUGACGCGGCGAAGUCGCCGGUCAAAGUUGACUCGAAGGACCUGUUUACCUUUGUGGUCUUGAAGACGCCGCAGCAACAGGCUUGCGGUGAAGACCUUGUUGCGCGCAUUGACGAGCUGAGCGUCCUCGGAGAAACGGUAGCUGCAUGCAAGGGCCAGCUGACUGGGCGCGAAAGUGGGGAAGACAAAGCUGAUACAUCACACCUCAAGUUCCAGUGCGCCCAGCAGGAUGUCAACAGCUGCAACGAAAAGUACACAAGGACUUCCCACAGCAAGUACAUCCAAUGCGGCGUCUCCGACACAAACUGCCUGAGUAUCGGACCCUUAUGUACGCCCGAGUGA